GGCAAGCCGUUUCAGGUGGAUACCCAAAAUGUACGUCAGGCGCCGACUGCUUUGCAACUGCGUUUGGGUUGCACGAACUGCUGCAACGAUGGGAAGGAGAACGGGCCCUGCUUCGACGUGGAGGCCUGCGCGGUGGGAGUCUCUGGCGGGAGGUAUGCCUUCGUCUAUGCACAUGUGGGGGUUCCUGGCUGGCCAUGGCUCACCUUUCUGGACAGCAUGCGCGCCCAAGCCCUGGCUUUAGAGGAAUCGACUGGUGGAACAGUGGACAUCGUGGUGAUGAUGCCGCCUAAGGACAUCAAGGAGUUGGGCUGCCACCAACGGGCACUGGCGCAAAAUUACAAAAUCCGGAUUUACGAGGUACCCUGGACCAUUCCGCCUAACUCUUGGUAUCCUGACUACUGGUGGCCAGGUAAGGCUGAUGGUUGGUGUGGACCCCAGGACCUGAUGCGCUUGCACACCCUUGGGAUGGAUGAGUAUGAUGCUGUGGUGUUCUAUGAUCAAGAUGUGGAGUUCCAGGGAGACAUGACGGCAGUGUUGAAGUGUGCGGCCAAGGGCUAUUUCAUCAGUGCUAGUGGAGGCGUGGGAGAGCCUUUCAAUGUGGGAUUCUUCGCGCUACGCCCAGACAAGCGGCUCUUGCGCGCGGCCGAGUUUUUUGGUGGGAACGUGACGUUCACCGUUGAAACUGGUUGGGGCAAAUGCGGUUUCCAUCCUAGCGGAAACAAAUUUGUGGGCGCGGAAUGUGGGCAGGGCUUCUUCCACACACUCUUCUACAAAAAGUGCAAGCCGGUUCAAAAAGCACUGGUUGCAGCCGGCUUGCAUGACGCCGAUGGCAAAGCUCAUUUGAACUUAGAGUCCGUUAUGGUGGACCG